AUGGCCGCCUACCUCGAGCUUGCCAAAGACUACCAUACCCCUCCUCCAGCAGGCGGCCCCUACUCAGUGACCGUUCCAGGCACGGAGCAACCGGGACGGAGUGCGACAUACAGACAUUGGAGGUUCAGGGAUGGACUACUCAAGAGUCUGGAUCCAAAUGUCACCAACGCCCACCAAAUGUUUGAGAACACAGCGAAUCGUCAACCGUCAGCCAAAUGUCUUGGCUCCCGACCCUACAAUCCAGCCACCAAGACGUUCGGCAAAUAUGAGUUCAUGGACUACGCUACCGUUCAGAAGCGAAGAGCGAACUUUGGUGUUGGCAUCAAAUACGUGGUCAAAGAAGCUGGAGUACUGGAUCAGAAAUAUGGGGUUGGGCUCUGGUGCCAGAAUAGGCCAGAAUGGCAGAUAACAGACUUGGCUUGUAUGUCACAAGCACUGUACACCGUUUCGCUAUACGACACUCUCGGGCCCUCGGCAACCGAGUAUAUUGCCAACCAUGCCUCCCUUCCCUGUAUUGCAACCUCGUUACCUCAUAUCCCAACCCUUUUGAAGCUCAAGCCAAGAUUACCCUCCCUAAAGGUCAUCAUAUCUCUAGAUCCCCUUGACGAUGGGGAGAGGGAAGGGCAUUCAAAGCAUGCUCUGCUGAGUGCAAUGGCGUUGGAAAUAGGUCUCAAGAUUUACUCUAUAGAACAGGUGGAAGCUAUUGGAGCAUCUUUCGGCCCGCCUCAGUACAAUUCCGCAUUGCCAACAGACAUAAUAACAAUCAACUAUACCUCGGGUACCACAGGGCCCCCCAAGGGUGUGGUACUGACGCACGCGGCGGCAGUGGUUGCAGCUUCCUGUGCACUUGUCUCGUGCCAACAAGGCCCUACUGAUAGGUUCAUUUCUUAUCUUCCUUUGGCACAUAUCUACGCUCGAAUGACCGAGCAUGGCGCGCUUUGGUCUGGCGGCUCAAUCGGAUACUUUCAUGGCGACAUUCUUGCCUUGGUCGAUGACAUGCAGAAUCUCCGUCCUACUGCUUUCACUUCUGUCCCCCGGCUCUACAACCGCUUCGGCGGUGCGAUCCGCGCUGCUACAGUCCAGCAACCAGGCGUGAAAGGGGCAGUGGCCCGUCACGUAAUUUCCACCAAGCUGGCAAAUAUGGAGCCCGCCGACUCCCCAUCCGCAACAAACACGCACGCAAUCUACGACCGCAUUUGGGGCCGCAAGGUCGCCGCAGCUCUCGGUCUUGAUCAUGUGCACGACAUGGUAUCGGGUUCAGCACCCCUGGACCCGACUCUCCAUAAAUUCUUCCGCGCAGCAUUUGGAAACAGGUUUGUCCAAGGCUACGGGCUCACCGAGACAUAUGCUCAAGGUCUUUGCCAACAGAAGGGAGAUCUUUCAGUCGGAAAUUGUGGCGCCUGUGCUCCUACUCUUGAGCUGAUGCUACUAGACGUACCAGACAUGGAGUACUUUUCGACCGACAAACCUCAACCCCGCGGCGAGCUCUGCAUUCGAGGUGGCUCGCUCUUUUCCGGCUACUACAAAAACGAAGAAGAGACGAAGAAAGCUAUGCUACCUGAUGGAUGGUUCUGUACCGGCGAUAUCUGUACCAUUGACUCGCGCGGUCGUUUCCAGAUUAUCGAUCGUCGGAAAAAUGUUCUCAAGCUCGCUCAAGGCGAGUACAUCUCGCCUGAACGUAUUGAGAACAUCUACCUGUCGCAUCUCAGCUUCCUGGCCAUGGCGUAUGUGCAUGGUGAUUCGAUGCAGACCUUCUUGGUCGCCAUUUUUGCGGUGCAGCCGGACAUGUUUGCGCCUUUUGCUAGCAAGGUGCUUGGUCGAACGAUUGAAGCUACGGAUUCGCAGGCCGUGGCUGCAGCUUGUAGAGAUGUCAAGAUCAGAAAAGCGGUCAUGAAAGAGCUGGAUAAGGUGGGAAGGAAGAAUUCAUUUGCCGGUUACGAGCGGGUCCGGAAUUGCUACUUGAUGGUGGAUCCUUUUACGAUUGAAAAUGAGCUUCUGACGCCAACUCUGAAGAUGAAGCGUCCACCAACGGCCAAGGUGUAUAGGAAGCAUCUUGAUGAGCUAUAUGCUGAAGCGCUGGCAGAGGAGAAGUCGGGCAAGAACGUCCAAGCGAAGCUGUGA